AUGGAGAAAGUUAAACUCUACGAGGAAUACAGGUUGAUUGAAAAAAAAGAAUCUGAGGUAAAUGGAGCUUGGAAAGGCGCUCAUUUGCUACUGUUCUUUAUGGCGUUUGUAUUCGGAUCAUUCUGCACAUUUUGUUUUCACAUGAUGAUGUAUUUAUUCGACGAAAAGUGCGUUUUGUUCCCAAAACUGCUGUCAAUAACUUCACUGCGCCAUAACCUUAUCUACGAGUUUAUUCCUGAUGAAAAAAUGGCUGAAAUGCUACCAGUGGAUUUCCUCAGCACGCAAUGGGUUGACAAAAGCGCUUGCUACCUGCCAACGUAUGUGCCCCUCGUAUCCGGCAUUUUCGGACUGGUGUGGACUACCAUGUUCCUGAUGUGCUCUGCUAGUAGCCGGACACUGACUGGUCUGCAGAGACCGUGGCGCGUCUUGCCGCCUGUGUUCGUAUUCUCCCUGCUUAUGGGCGGCCUCUGUGUCUACUCAUCGGCCGUCACGCAGUCCGGCCUUCAAGAACUCUGCAUCAAGCUGGGCGAGAUAACAGGAAGUACCACAUGUACAUACACAGUAAAUGUGGCAACACUGGCGUACGAAAGGCGUAUCCGUGGUGUGUACCAGGCGACGCAACUGACAGUGGCAUCUGCGUGGUUGCACACCGCCUGCUGGCUGCUGUCCGCGCUGCUCGCGCUCGUGCGAGUGCUUCUCGCCGUCGACUUUCAUCUGAUCCGCGUCACGGUUCACUUGCAAGGGGACAUUGAUAAAAUGCUGGAACGGUACGAGAGUCAUGUUCGCACAGUUUCUCCCGAUGUGCAGAUCAAAGAUAACAUGUUUCAUACUAAAGUUCAUUUCAAGAAACAGAAUCAUAACCAAAUGGUUUCUACAUUUGAUUCACACAUGACUGCAGGUAGACCUGAAGGAGAUUUAUUAUAUAUUUCUCAUAAACUACCAAAUGAAUCCAAAGUGUCGUUAGUUCCAGAAGAACAGUAUAAAUUAAAGCGAAUAGCAGCUUGUAAAGUCAUGCCUAAAGAUAAACAAUUUAUUGUGAAACUUUUGUAUGAAAUUCUGGACUCAAUCGAUUCCACCCAACGUCCUGUUCUAAGUCUUUCUUCGUCAAACUCAGGAGAAAGUACGGCUGACUCAGCAAUAAUACGACAGUUUGGUCAAGAACGAAUAACUUCUGGUCCCCAACCACAAACACAGAUGUCAGCUGAAGAUUCUCAGGAAUAUUUGUCUAUAGACUUGCGUAACGAGCAAGGGAUUUUUGCAGAGACAAAAAAUAAUUUAAUGGAGAGUUUGAAUAAAAUAUUACAUGAAUUUCUUUCUAGACCUACUACCAUCUCAUCUGAACAUGAAAAAUCAUUGGUAUCAAUAAUGAAAAUAGCAUCCGAUAUGAAAAAUUUUUUAGAAAGGAAAUUUGUGGUUGAAACAAAGGACCACCAAGGUAAUGGGCAAGUUGAAGUAAAAGAGCUUAACGACGAACGACCAAAAAACACUGAUCAAACAUUGCAUACUGACAUCUCUCAAACCAAUUCUCAAGUUGACGAUAAAAUAGAGACACAUAGUCAAAGAAAGGAAAAGCAGGAUUAA